AUGACAAGGGCGCCAGGGCUGGUUUUGGUGUCUGUCUGGACACAGCUCUGCCGGGAGGCACAGACAGCAGCUGCAGCAGCUCCUCGUAUCAAGAAGUUUGCCAUCUACAGAUGGGAUCCUGACAAGCCUGGGGACAAGCCCCGCAUGCAGACCUACGAGGUGGAUCUGAAUAAGUGUGGGCCUAUGGUGCUUGAUGCUCUGAUCAAGAUUAAAAAUGAGUUGGACUCUACUCUGACUUUCCGCAGGUCCUGUCGGGAAGGCAUCUGUGGUUCAUGUGCAAUGAACAUUGCUGGUGGAAACACGCUGGCCUGUAUCAAAAAAAUUGACUCUGAUCUCAACAAGAUCACUAAAAUCUAUCCUCUCCCCCACAUGUAUGUGGUGAAGGACCUUGUUCCAGACAUGAGUAACUUCUACGCACAGUACAAGUCCAUCGAGCCUUACCUGAAGAAGAAGGACGAGUCCAAGCAGGGCAAGGAGCAGUACCUGCAGUCGAUAGAAGACCGUCAGAAACUGGACGGGCUCUACGAGUGCAUCCUGUGUGCCUGCUGCAGCACCAGCUGCCCCAGCUACUGGUGGAACGCGGACAAGUACUUGGGGCCAGCAGUUCUGAUGCAGGCCUAUCGCUGGAUGAUCGACUCCCGCGACGACUACACGGAGGAGCGCCUGGCCCAGCUGCAGGACCCCUUCUCCCUCUACCGUUGUCACACCAUCAUGAACUGCACAAGGACUUGCCCUAAGGGUUUGAACCCUGGGAAAGCAAUUGCUGAGAUCAAGAAGAUGAUGGCAACUUACAAAGAGAAGGCAGCUGCUGCUUAAUGCUGUUCCUGACUGGAAUUGUCCCCCACAAACCUGCUUCACCAAGCAGGAAUUUAUACCUGAUGGAGCAAGAGAAGGUUCCAGCAGGAAGUCUGGUGGCUUUCCCCUAGGUUUGCAUGUACAAUAAAUACUGUAAGGAACAAA